AAGCCUCGUGCUGUUUUCUCAGCUUCUUACUUCUUACUCUUGGUCGUAUGCCUCUUGCUCCUCUUCUUGCUGAUCUUCUUCCUCUUCCUCUUCUUAUUAUUAUUUUUCCAUCUCGGCAACAAAGAAGACCUUUCGCAAUGAUGCCGAGCGGCAGCAUUCAGACUCUGGCUUAUCAGGGGCAGCCACGAUCGAGGAGGGGCGCCGGAGACCAGCGGAGACUGCGAGGCUACGGCUACCGCUGCCGCUGCCGCUGCUGCUGCUGCUGCCGCUGCCGAUCCAUUGAAGUGAAGUCAAGUGAAGUGAUAGCCGGAGCCAGCAGAGAAGCCGCUCUGCCCGGCUGGAAUGGACUCGAUGCUGAGAACGGAACGCGUGUCACACUCAGACGCCACUCAGAUACAGGGUGUCCCGCUCCAGGAGGGGAUAUAGAAAGAUCACAGGAUAGUUCUGAUGGGUUGGAUGGCUGUCUGUUCCAUAAGAUACGCCUCAGGACCACCCUGUACCACGAAUAAACUUCCAAUAAAACCAAUGUGUGCGUGGGGCUGGCACUUUCUUGUCCUGAUAACCGAUUUGCAUCAGUGAAAAUGGAGCAUUUUAGUGGCAGGGCCCCGCACAAAUGUUUUCCGUAUACACUCGCGGAGUGUGAAUGCACCGCAGGAUGUUGACUCCACUUCCCCUCUGACUAAUGCUUCUGUCACCCUGCCCUGCCUUGGCACUGUGCAAAUUACUCAAGUAUAUAGUUUACUCAUAAAAAUAUAUUACGCGAACAUAGUUGUUACAUAAAAAUGUAAAUUACCCAUGAAGCGAGCGGGUCCUAAGCAUUUUGUUGCGGUUUAGACUAUAUAAAAAUGUAUGCCAAUAGAUUUUAAUUAUUAUUUGUGGACGA